AUGGCGAGCUGCAAGGACUGCGACGGCGGGCUAGCGGUGGACGUGCAGAGCGGCGAGCUGGCGUGCACGGAGUGCGGACUCGUACAGAGUGCGAAGCUGACGGUGGUGGAGUGCGGUCACCGCGACUUCUUCCACGAGGGAGGGCCCCUGGAUGAACAGAGCGCCGCCGUGUCCUGGCUCUCCAGUGCGAGUGGGAACCUACCAGCGCUCUGCCAGCAGACGACCUCGACUGCACUCGACCGGGAUCCCAGGGUCGGGCCGGAGCGCCGCAAGGCCGGAAGGAAGGUGUUAGAGGAGUUUGCACACGUCGAGAGAGUGGUCGAGCUCCUGGGCCUUCCGUCAGUCGUGGCGAGCACGGCGCAUUCGUAUCUGACCACGUGCCUUUCGAAAAGGUUCGAGCGGGGCAACACAAGACAGGGGACGGUGAUUGCAUGCAUCUUUCAUGCCUGCCGUUCGCACGGUGCCCCCCGCACUGCUCGCGAGCUCUCCGCAGUGUCCGGAGUGCCCUCGAGCAACAUCAAGCAGGCCUGCAAACGAACGUCCCUCUUCGUGGCGUCCCACUCUUCAACCGAAGGCCCAAAGGACAUGAGGCCAGAGGACCUUCUCGCACGCUGCUGUGCUGCGAUCAUGGACCGGAAGGAUCAGAAAGAGGCCAGGAAGCUUCUCCUGGCCUGCAGACAGCGGUGCGCGGUCAGAGAGCGCCUGACUGUGCUUCAGGGCAAAACACCAUCGACCGUAGCAGCCGUCAUCAUCUGGAAGGUGGCUCAGGAGCAGAGGCUUAGUGUCAGCAGGAAAGAGAUAAGCAUGGGCUGUGGCAUAACCGUAGGAACCUUGGUGAAGGCAGAGCAUGACUAUGAUGGGCAGGCAAAAGAGGGAUUCAUUGAUGAAGGCUUUAGAUCAGCAAAGAGGGAGGUGAAACAGGCAGCAGGGGAUGUCGAGCGUGUUGCCGGCAAGGCGGCCAGAGGGGUCGGUAAGGCAGGCAAAAGGGGCGCUAAAGGGGUAGGCAAGGUGGCCGGCAAGGUGGUGGGAGGGCAUAAAAAGCGGGGUGACAUGACCGGAUUGACAUUCGUGUGUAAGGCUGUGGACUUUGGUAACAUGGGAGGAGGGAUGCGCGCGGGUGCGAUGAUUGGGCCGAUGGCCCCCGGGCAGAAAGGCAAGGGAGGCGCAGGUAAAAAUCGUAAAGGGCCCCGAAAUAACCCGACUAAGGGGAUGGUAGCCGAGCGAGGCUUAAAGCCUUCUAAGCGAAGGGGUACGCGUUAA